AACCGCACCACCAUGAUUCUCGACACCACUCUGGCCUCCAAACUGGGUCGUAUUCUACUUGUCCCGCCAACCGAGGCGGACGACAAGCACGUCGGCAUCAUUCGGUCACUUCCGGAAACCCGGCAGUACCUUCGCUUCUUCCCCCCACACUUCAGCGCUGCGGAUGCCGCUGCCCGCCGAAUAGCACGCGAGCCAAACAAGUCCCUUGUCGACAUCCACAUCCACACGCACAAUGGGGACUUUGUUGGCACGACAGGGUAUUUUGGCGUCGACCCGACGAGCGGGAAUUCAUGCGAAGUGGGUAUUCUGAUUGCGCCAGCUUAUAUGCGUGGAGGGUAUGCGACAGAGGCAUUGCAUACGCUUCUUGAAUAUAUCUUCGAGAAGCGAGGCUUCCACCGCGCAGAGUUACAGACGCGUUCUGACAACGCUCCAAUGCGUGGCUGGCUCGAGAGUGCGGGAGCGACUUUGGAGGGGAUUCGGCGGGGAGUUUGGACCGAUCCAGACACCGGAGAGUUUAGCGAUUUGUGUGUCUAUGGCAUCCUUGAUGAGGAGUGGUUGGAGACGGUGAAAGGAAGGUUGGAGGAGCGAUUGAAGCGGUUGGAAGAUAGAAUUUGA